AGACUUGUUAAAGGCAUGUCUAAAAACAUCACACAAGCUGCCCUCAGUGUGCUGUCGCUAGUUCUGAAUCCGAGGCUGCUGGUAGUGCAGGGGUUAGUGGGGAUCUUUCUCUGCGUCAACUUCCUCAUGAUCUUCACCUUUUUCAAGAAAGAGACCUUCCGUAGCAACGUGCGCUACAUCUUCUUCGCGCACACCCUCUUCUGCGACACGCUGUUCCUGGCGAUAUCCGACGCCCUUCUCGUUGUGAGCUUCACCAGGACCCCGAUGCCCGCCGGGGUCUGCAUGGUCGUCUACGGUUUCAGCAGCAUGCUCAACUUCGCCACGCCCCUGACUCUCACCGCCAUGUGCGUGGAGCGCUACGUGGCCAUCUGCAUGCCCCUGCGGCACGCCGAAAUCGCCACCCCGCGCCGAGCGACGGGCUGCGUCUUCGUCAUCCACGCCCUGAGCUCCGUCAUGCAGGUCGUCAUCUUCUCCAUGGUGGUCUCCUCCGCCCCCGUCGGCUACUACGCCGCGCCGAUGAACUGCAGCGUGGAGCAGCUGGUGGCGGUACGGUGGCAGCAGGAUCUCCGGUCGGCCCUGUCUCAGCUCUACUUCCUGCUCAUGUCUAUCACCAUAGCCUUCACCUAUUUCAGAAUCAUGGCGGCCGCCAGGGCGGCCUCCGCGGACGACAGGAAGUCCAGCGCCAAGGGUCUCAGGACCGUGCUCCUCCACGCCUUCCAGCUUCUCCUCUGCCUGAUCGUGCUGUGGGUGCCGUUGAUCGAGACGGCGGUUCGCGAAGUAAACUUCACGGUGUUCCUGCAGCUGAGAUAUUUUGACUAUAUCGCCUUCAUUCUUGCCCCCCGUUGCCUCAGCCCCCUGGUGUACGGUUUGAGGGAUGAAAAAUUUUUCCAGGUUUUGAAGAGCUACGCUCUUUUAAGAUGUUACAAGACAUUGCCCCCGACUAAAAUAUUUUCCAUUUCAGAAAAAUCUUAGAGAACACACACACACAUAUAUAUAUAUAUAUAUGUAUAUACUUGCUUAACAGGGAUUUCCCCGGUUGAUUUCAUGGUGACACAGCAGUGUAUGUUUUCAAAGCAAAAAGGCAAAUAAAAAUAUUUGAAACAGUGAACGUUGAAA